AGACGACUACCCGCGCCCCGCACGUGCUUCCCGGUUCGUCGGCUUUCCGACGGCCUAGAACACAACACCGUGGUUUGGGGCUCGGCUUUCGCCUGACGUCAAAGUCGGCGGGGAGGGAACAGGCUGGGAGCACCGAGCGUCGCCAUGCACGACCCGCGGGCGCGGACCGACAGCUAGCUAGCAGAAUGCCCCGUGAAGACCUCGACGCAGGCCAUUUCGCUCGCUCCUGGCCCUUUACUGUGGCUUAUUUUUUCAUACUGAGCAUGGGGAGAAGAAGCAGGUGUUAUGGAAAGGUGUGAGUUUAAGUUUUACUCCAAGGUUUCGCUCGUUAUAGCGUAGCAAGAGGCGGCGAACCGCUUCCAAAGUUGUCUGUUAGCAGGACGCGUGUGAAGGAUUGGAAUUAAAGGCGCAGCGCUCCCGUUGUUGUUAGCGGCAAACAUGGAGAAGCAACAGAGCGACUUGGAGCGAGAGCGCCAGUACUGUGAACUUUGUGGGAAAAUGGAGAAUCUUUUGAAGUGCGCGAGGUGUCGAAACUCCUUCUACUGCAGCAAGGAACACCAAAAACAGCACUGGAAAGAACAUAAGCUCACUUGUAAGGAAGCGGACAAAACGCACCAUCCAAAACAGAAGCCCGAGCCUGAGCAGCCACCCGGGGAUGCGAAGGCGCCGGAUAAAUGUCCGAAGAAGAAUAGACCCGAGCAGGCAAACACCGGCGCGUCUUUGCCCCAAACCACAAACGCGGAGCCACAGGCGCCUGGAGAGCAACCAGCUGAGGAGGGCUCCAACAAUACCGCCACACCUAACGGACAAACGAGUUCAUCCCCACAGAAACUGGCCACGGAGUACGUGAUCCCGUGCAUGAACAAGCACGGCAUCUGCGUGGUGGACAACUUUAUGGGCGAGGAGAUUGGACUGAGCAUCCUGGAGGACGUCAAGGCCCUGCACAAAACUGGCCGAUUCACGGACGGGCAGGUGGUCAGUCAAAAAAGUGACUCCACUAAAGACAUUCGUGGGGACAAAAUUACGUGGGUCGACGGGAAGGAGCCCGGCUGUGAGAAGAUCCGCUUGCUCACCACACGCAUGGACGACUUGGUUAGACAUUGUAAUGGCAAACUGGGCAACUACGCAAUUUUUGGAAGGACAAAAGCAAUGGUAGCAUGUUACCCUGGAAACGGGACCUGUUACGUGCGCCAUGUGGAUAACCCCAACGGCGAUGGACGUUGUGUCACAUGCAUAUAUUACCUUAAUAAAGAUUGGAAUGUACAGGAGCAUGGUGGCCUUCUUCGAAUCUUCCCAGAAGGAAAAUCCCAAGUUGCCGACAUAGAGCCCAAAUUUGAUCGGCUCCUUUUUUUCUGGUCAGACAGACGGAACCCUCAUGAGGUUCAACCUGCUUAUGCUACCAGGUAUGCCAUCACCGUGUGGUAUUUUGAUGCAGAUGAACGAGCUAGAGCGAAAGAAAAGUACUCAACAGGUGCAGGAGAAAAAGGAGUAAAGGUUGAACUCGGCAAGCCAUCUGAUCCCAGCUAGUGCGAAGCCGGCGUCCGCACCAGGCAGCCAAUAAGUGCUCUGUCCCCAAAAUGUUGCCCUAAAAGAGCAUGUGCGUGUUUUACAUGAAGCAGGGAAAAGUGGCUCGUGGAUGUUUUUCGGAAGAAAAACAAGCAUAUGCAGUCAAGUGUGUUCUAUUCAGGCAACCUUGACAACUCAACAGUUCUUGAAUGUCAUUGAUAUUGUUCUGAAAGGGAUGGUGUGUUUUUUUACUUGGCUUUUCCAGUGCACCGUGUUUUCAAAGGUGAACAUUGACGCCUCAAUUGACAGUUUUCACACAACUCACAGGAAACAUUUUCAUCUCUUGGUGAAUUCCCUAAAGGUACAGCGUUCUGCACAACCUCAAUGCGUUAUGCUUUUCACGUGGAAUUUUUUUUUUUUGUGCGACGGUUUGGAAAAUGUGUUUGAGUUUGAAACGAGGAAGGAUGAGAUGGAUUAAAAACACAUUUGUUCUGACAGAACCGCAAUUCUUAGUUUGAAUUUCUUGUCCAAUUUGAAUUCACACACCCACUGAUUGGAGUCACUCUCACUACCAGCGCGUUUAGCUGAUGCUGCCCCCUUGGGGAUGUUAAUGGUGUAGCACUAUUUUGAUAUACAGUACUUCUCCCAAUGGACCUUAACUCAUUCAGCUCCAUGUAAUGGAAAUUAAAUUACUAACAAUGUCACAAAUUAGGCAAAUGACUAUAUUACUGCUGCUGUAUUGUAUAUUGAGUAGGGACCCCCUUUUGUAUAACGAAAGGAACCUAAUACUGAGACAAUUUGUUUUAGUGUUGCCUUAAUUUGAUGACAAAUCAGCAGUCAGAAAAUGUCUUCAAUAAAUAACCAGAUAGUAUUUUAUUGUUUUCCGUGUUUAACACAAAUUUGCAGGUACAAUUUGUAUACAUAUCUAUAUAUUUUGGUCGUCAGCCUAAUGAUUAAUAGUUUCAUUAAAAUGAGUGGAUUUACAAAGCAAAUAUGACCCAUUGCUCUUUUUGAUCCGCCCAGGUCACUACACUCUAUCAAAACAUGGUGAGCUAUCGUAAACUUGAUGUACUGGAUUGUAGCAGUGGUGCGGAACCACUGUGAUUACACUGAAGUGUUUCCAAAAGUUAAGCUGAAAAAAGAGACAGCUUGGUGAGAUCCGUUUACAUCAGUGCAAACUAAAAUAAUGUCAAAUUAAUACCUCUCACAAUGCUAAUCAAAACACAGCAUUGAAUAUUUUUUUAACUGUAUAUUGUUACACUAUGAAAGUGUGGCGCAUGUGUGUACAGGUGCAUCUCCGUACAUGGGAAUGUGGUGGAAGGAACCCCCCCCCCCUUUUUUUUUAUUUUUUAUUAUUUUUAUUUUAAUUUAAUUUUUUUAAAUCACCUUUGUGGUGGUCAAUAUAAGGUUUUACUACCUGGGGUGGCGUCCCAACCCCAGCCUAGAAAACAAUCUCACUUAAAAUUGUGUAUGCAAUCAACAGUAUUCUCUGCCAUAGCAUAUUUUACACCCAAUGCAACUAUUUUUCUCAAUAUGUAUAUGCAUGUAUCAUGUGCUCACCAGUCUUUUUUUAUUUUUAUUUUUUUACCCGUGGCCAGUUAUGACUUGAACAAACUAGGUAAAGCAAUGGACUCUAUUAGUAGCUACUGGUUCAGGUAUGUUGGCAUGUAAUUUAAGAGCAGGAAUUCAUGAAAAUUUAUGAAUUUAAAAUAUUUGUUUUUAAAUACUUAUUUCAUUUUUAAAAUCUUCAAUUUUAUAACUAAAUGAAAAAAUAACUCAUGUGGUACUCAAUGUAUUGGGAUGCACCUGUAUAAUUGCAUGCACAGAAAAUAUACGCAUUAGUCCAUUUCGCACAAAAAUUAAGUGUGGUUUAAAAAAAAAAAAAAUUUACUACAAUAUCUGGCUAAUAUGUAAUCUAUUGUAUAUUAACAAUUAUGUAUGAAAACACAUCCAUAAUGACACAGUGUACAAACAAUAGCUCAAGAAAAGGGUCAGAUAUCAAUAUAUACGUAACAAAUGAGCAGUACAGUUGGGCCCUCAAUGUACAUAAAUUGUGCAAAUCAUCUUCCCGUCAGUAGUCCUUCAAAUACUGGCAUGUUUCGGAAUUCCUUUCCGGAACCAUUGUGAAUGUAUCGAGUCCAGUGUGCUUCAAAAGGGUAAUAAAAGUGCAAAAACAUUUGGAAUUAAAAAAAA